CCUGAACUCACGUUGUGUGAACCAGACUGGCGCUGUUACAGGACACGAACAAGGUGUGAUAGAUGUCCAUCACUGUUAUCAGAAAUAAGGAGGUGACUGUGGUCACCGUGGCAGCUGACGAGAAGAGCAUGUUACCACCGCUGUGUCAGAUCAUGAAGUCUCUCUGCUACAGUCCGAUGUGCUGCUCAGUGAACAAGGCGCUGAUGCAGACCACUACAGUCUCAGCUCUCGGGACCAUAUCGAUCGUGGUGGGCCUCUUAAAUCUUGUACUCGGGCAAACAAGCCAACGUCCUGAUGAUUUUUCCAGCAUGGGAGCUGCUUACUGGCUGGGUGGUGUGUUUGUCCUGGCUGGAAUCAUGUCCCUUCUUGCUGACCAUUUGCCCGCUAUCUUCUUGGUGGUCCUUGCGGUGUUGGUGAACAUAAUCGGAUCGGCCUUUGCCAUUUUUGGCAUCGUGGUCUAUGCCCUGGACAUGGCAAACACCACUGUUGACAGGCUGUGUGACUGGCUCUACCAGUAUGCUACUGUUAACAUACCUAAUCAAGACAACUGCCAAUAUGUGGCGCAACAUUUCCAGCGUUUGGUGGUGGCCAUAGAUGCUUCUAUGAUCUUCCUGACUGUUCUCCAGCUGCUUGCCUGCAUCAACGUCACUGUUUUGGGCAUCAGGACUCUGUUUUACCUGAGGGAGGAAGAGCAGGGCGGCAGAGCUGACGAGCCUGACCAGCCACUGCUGAAGGAAGUCCUCAUGACCAGUCCUGGUGCUUAAAAGCAAUUCAUCAUUCAUCUAAACAUGAAGAUGUUGGAGUACGAUCAGCAACGCAUCAUCACAAUCCUGUAAUAUAUCAGCUUAAAAUAUCACAACUGCUGCUAAUGAGAAAAAUCUUGCCGUGUACACACAUUUAUCAGCUUCUGAAUCAUGUUUUCAAAUAAAUACCCUUGAUAAAGUUGAAAA